CACUCAUCACUACUUCAUUAUACCCUUCUCUCUCUCUCUCUCUCUAUUCAUCCUCCAUCCACCUUCUCACAAGAAGAAGAAGAAGAAGUCGUUUUAUUGAUGGAGUUGUUCCCAGCACAGCCGGAUUUGUCCCUCCAAAUCAGCCCUCCAAACGCCAAACCCUCCUCCUCCUCCUCCACGUGGCCCCGCCGGCCGGUAUCCGACGAAGACGCCGCCGAUUUGGGCGGGUUGUGGAAGCGAGCCCUCGACUCCAGAAACCCCACCUCCACCUCCUCCUCCUUCGACCUCUCUCUCUCCGAUUCCAACCACCACCAUGGAGGAAACAGCAACGGAAAUUUCCACCACCACCACCACCCGGCGGCGUAUCAAAACCCAAUCAGCUUCCACCACCACCACCAGCAACAACAGCAACAACUGCUGAGCCGGGAGCUGGGUUUCUUGAGGCCGAUUCGCGGGAUCCCACUCUACCACCAAAACCCUCCCACCACCACCACCGCCGCCAAUCCCGGCGGCGGAGGAGGAGCGGGUACCGCGGGGAUGAUGACGAUGAUGAGGUCGAGAUUCAUGUCGUCGUCGUCCCCGCGGUUCCCGACGAAGAGGAGCAUGAGGGCGCCACGGAUGCGGUGGACCACCACCCUCCACGCCCGAUUCGUCCACGCCGUCCAACUCCUCGGCGGCCACGAGAGGGCGACGCCGAAAUCGGUGCUGGAGCUGAUGGAUGUCAAGGACCUCACUUUGGCUCAUGUUAAAUCCCAUCUCCAGAUGUACCGGACAGUAAAGACGACUGACAGAGCCGCUGCCACUUCAGGGCAAUCAGAUGUGCUAGACAACGGGUCGUCGGGGGACAAUAGCUCAGAAGAUUUGAUGCUGGACAUUCAUCACAACUCCUCGUCGUCAUCGCGGCGGCCGGAAGUAAUGUCGAUGCAGCAGCAGCAGCUACCGGGAAGAUCUGGCGGCGGCGGCGCUAGUAGUAGUGUUGGGCACCUGCAGCACGAGAAGGACUAUCAGCAUGCUCUUUGGAGCAAUUCUUCUAGGGAAGCUUGGUUGCAUGGGAAAACAAAGGACUCUCCUGGAAGUUUGCCAGCUCUUGAGAAGGAAAUGGAUGCAAACUGCAUAAGAUAUGGGAGAAGGUCAGAGGCAAGUUGUUCAUCAAGCCAGCUUUUAGGGUCAAGAAGCCCCAAGAGGCCAAACUUGGAGUUCACUUUGGGCAGGCCUAAUUUGAAUUGAAUGAAAGGCACUAUUUAGUAAUAAAAAAAAGAGUAGUUUAUUUUAUAAUUCAAACAUUUGAUUAAUUUUUAUGAUAUCCUUACAUAUAAUAUCUAUAAAAAAAUAUCUAAUAUGAAGUUCCCCACCCCCUCCCCAUUGCGAAAAAAAGGGAAAAGGAAUCAGGUUCUCUAGCUAGC